AUGGCGGCGCAACAGAGCGAUGUUGAUGAACUCUUCGAUGUUAAAAAUGCAUAUUAUAUUGGCAGUUACCAGCAGUGCAUCAACGAGGCUCAAAAAGUAAAGCCUUCUACACCAGAGAAAGAGGUGGAAAGAGACAUGUUUUUGUACAGAGCCUAUAUUGCUCAAAGAAAGUACGCAGUAGUCUUGGAUGACAUUAAGGCCAACUCAGCACCGGAACUCCAAGCUGUCAGAAUGUUCGCAGAGUAUUUGUCCUGUGACAACAAAAGGGAUGCAAUUGUCGAUGAAUUGGAUAAAAAGAUGGCGAAGAGUGUGGAUGUAACCAACACAACCUUCCUCCUUAUGGCUGCUUCCAUCUACUACCACGAGUUGAAUUCCGAUUCUGCAUUGAGGACUUUGCAUCAAGGAGAGAGCCUGGAAUGCAUGGCCAUGAGCAUCCAAGUUCUUCUCAGUUUGGAUCGUCUUGACCUGGCAAGGAAAGAGCUGAAGAAGAUGCAAGAACAGGAUGAAGAUGCUACUCUAACACAGCUAGCUACAGCCUGGGUUAACAUUGCUGUGGGCGGAGAGAAGCUGCAAGAUGCAUACUACAUUUUUCAGGAAAUGUCGGACAAAUAUUCCUCUACACUGCUCCUUCUCAAUGGACAAGCUGCUUGUUACAUGGCCCAAAACAAGUGGGAGGAGGCAGAGGGAGUCCUACAAGAGGCUCUUGACAAGGACAGCAGCAAUCCAGAAACAUUGAUCAACCUUAUAGUGCUGACUCAACACUUGGGCAAAGCACCAGAGGUAACAAACCGGUAUUUAUCACAACUCAAAGAUGCACAUAGACGCCACCCUUUCCUGAAGGACUAUCUGGCAAAGGAAAAUGAGUUUGACAGACUUGCGAUGCAGUAUGCUCCAACUGCUACGGCAUGA